GUUUUUAUGCAACACUUUCGUACUGUUCCAGAAGCAACUGUCUGACGAAAGAAGGUCCACCCCCCACUGCCAUGGCUUCGACGGAGCAGCCUCCGAAGAAACGAAAACUGUACGACCUGUCGCAACCGCCAUCAACAGCGGAGCCACAGCCACAGCCACAGCCACCGGCGCCUCAGACGAGUGCGAAUGUACCUACUACAACCCUAUCGCAGGAAGAAAUUGCCCGAAAGCGGAGAAAUCAAGAGGAGAUUGCCAACUUCUACGAGUCUUACAAGCGUCUUAAGUAUUGUAUUUCUCAGAAGGAUGCUCGUCUCAUGCCCGAACUUGAACAGGCUUAUCUCUCCCUCAUCACCGCCUCCAGAGGUUGCACGAGUGUUCAACGGCUUGUAGCAGAGUUUGUCCCCAAAUAUGCAUCAUGUUGUCCUACUGCUCUUGAAGCAGCAGCAAAAGUUUGUAUCAAUGUACAUAACUGGAGCAUGGCAAUCAUAAACAGAGGUGAAGAUGCUGAUGGUUUUUCAUUUGGAACUGCUAAAAUCUGUAUAUUUGGUCUAUCUACUAUCUGUCAAGCUGCUUCAUCAGAGACACCAACAUCCUCUGUUAUUCAAGGCAUCUGUUCAGCUGUCUUUCUCAAUGUUCUAACCUUCUUUAUUUCAUCAUUUGAGGGACAAGGAAUCUUCCAGAUUGUAAACAAAGAUGUUACAAACAUCUUUGAUUCUCCAAAAACAUUCUCUGAGCUCAAAGAAAAGUUUUCUAAUGAAAAUGAAGCUCCAUCUGUCAUAUUAUCCAAGUUUCGUGCAUUAUGUAUGCUAUGGAUUUUCUUCAGGUGUCCUAGAAAUUCACUUGCAGCAUGCUUUGAGCUCUGUACUUCUAGUUUAAUGUCAACAGAUGCUGUUCCUGUUCCCAAUGGGGGACAGUAUUUUCUUAAUCAGGUGACAGCUGGACUUGACACAUGUGAUGAUAAAGUUUCAACAGACAAAAACUGCUUAUUGAGUCUGGUUCUUGAGAAGGACCCAUCAUUAAAAAAAUGGAUACUUUCAACAGUCAAAAGCAUUAGUAAAUCAGCUUCAUCUCACAUUGUGUCUGACAUCACCUCUGCUUUUGAGAAAAUAUUAGAAGAGGUGAAGUCAGGGGAAAAGCAAGUGGACAGCGAUGGAGACGAUACAAAUUCUUCCAAAUUUACCCCUAGGCAGUUUUUAGUUCCUAGAACCUCAGAAGCUUCUGUUAGAGAAGGAUCAAUAACAUCCAACACAAGCUCUAACAACAGUGGAGGCCCAAAAUCUAUGGACCUAGACUCUGUAGAUCACAAAGAGUUACCCCAUGCCAGCUCAUCAACUCCCCGGGACCCAUUCGUUGGAAGAAAUCAAAAUGGCAAUAAUAGAACAUUCGAAUCACCUAACAAACAUCAUUUAACUUCACCGUAUCCGUUGACCGGUCAACCGAGUUGGCUCGGUGACGGGGAUCGAGCUGCAAUGGAUGUUUACACAGCUUCAAGACAGCUUUGGGUGGGGUCAUUGGGUGGGCCCGACUCAUCUGAGGGACAUGUAAGGUUUCAAUUUGAAAGAUUUGGCCCUAUAGAUAAGUUUUUAUACGUGGGAUUUAAAGGGUUUGCAGUUAUUGAGUAUAAUAACAUUUUGGAUGCUAUAAAGGGUAGGGAAGUUAUGAGGGGGCGUUCUCCUUGGGUGAUAAAGUUUUUAGAUAUAGGCAUAGGCACAAGAGGCGAUAUAAAUGGUGUGGCUGUUGGGUGUAGCUGUCAUGUGUAUGUUGGAAACAUUCAAAGCCAGUUGGAGAAAGAUGAGAUAUUGUAUGAAGUAAGAAAAGUAGUUUUUAAGGGCCCACUUGCAGUUAAUGAGCUUAUGAGUGAAGGUGCUUUGUUGAUGGAAUUUGGGUCUCCUGAAGAGGUUGCCACAGUUAUUGGACAUCUUAGACAUUAUCGUAAAGAUAAAAGCCAAAGGGAUUCUGUUUCUUUCCAAUCAAACAAUAUGCAAUACCAAAAUUGGACGUAUAGAAAUAAUCCGGAAAGUGUAUUGCUAUCACACAUGCAGGGGCAUUAUGGUCCACCAUCACACUCACAGCCGAUACAAAUGAGACCUAUGUAUUAUCCUCCUCCUCCUCCGAAUAGCUCGUGGGGGGACCCACAGCCACACGGGAUGAUUCAUCAUCAUGUGGCAGCGCCUCCUCCUUUCUUGCCUCCUGCUGCUUCUGUAACUCCACUCACUCAUAAUGCAUUGCCACCGCCACAUCAUGAUCAGAUGUAUUAUGUGCCACCUCAGCCUGAUGUGGGAGUGGGACCACCUCAGUUAACCUUGCCACCACCAUUACCAUUACCACCACAACCAAAUAUGCCGCCUCCGUUACCUAUUCAUCCGGAAUUACCGCCACCAUUGCCGCCGUCUCCACCUCCUUCGUUUGAGUCUCAACCACCACCUCCGCCACCACCAGCGGUUGAGUCUCCGAUGAUGGGAAAUCACUGGCAGGGGACAUUGAGUAAAAGCGGGGUUCAUUACUCUACAAUACAUGCACGUAAACUGCAUUCAGACGUCUGCAAUUAUUCCGAUAAUAAUAUCUCAGAGCCUACAGAAUGGCCUGCUAAAUUAGAUAUAACAAAGCGGACUGACUUUAGACAUGUGAUGUCAACAUUUUCUAGCACCCCACCACACAAGAGAGAGGUAUGCCAACUCCUCCCAAGUUCUGCUGCUGACCAAAAAGGGUUUCAAGAUUUUAUAUCAUACCUGAAGCAAAGGGAGUGUGCAGGAGUUAUAAAGAUUGGGACUACUAGAACCAUAUGGUCAAGACUUGUGUUCAUUCUCCCUUACUCGCAUGAGACAUGCUCUCUUCUCUCCAUUGCCCCUGAUACACCAGACUGCCUCAUUGCUCUUGUUCUACCUAAAGAAACCAAUUUUGAAUGGGUAAAGCCGCCAUUGUAUGUAUAUGUUUAG